UCCAAUCUAUGUCAGGAGUCAAACUCGACGGGGCAAUCGUCACACAUCCACACGCUGAUCACUUAGAUGGCGUGGAAAGACUCUUUAGGGAGCUCCUCCCCGACGUGUACCAAGAAAGUAUCACAUCAGCCAGCCCAGACAAAAGAUUGAUUUGCAAUGGUCCUGUAUUACUCACAAGAAAAUUUGCUCAGGACGGAAAAGCUUAUCGCAGCUUCUCUGAGUUUCUCUUAAAGACGAAAUUCGAGAUAAGCCUAGACAUUGACGACAUACAGAAUGCUUUCGGAAAUGAUAUUAUCUUUUCUUUUCCUACGUCGCCUGGUGUUCUAUACCAGCGUCACAAGCCAUCCAAAGAUGAGAAGCCUCACUUGGAGGAGAAGCAAAGAAGCAAGUUGAAAGGGGGAACUGAAGACAAAGAUUUGAACAAAUCGAGCAUCAUUCUUUACACUAAAGAAGGAGGCAAGAUCUGUUUGACUGGGGAUGCUUACGGCUAUGACAUUGUGGCAAUGCUUCGAGGUCACGAGGCUUAUGAUCUGGACAUCUUCAAGUUACCUCACCACGGGAGCUCUAAGAACAGCAUUUUAGGAAAGGUCAUGCCCCCUUCAUGGGCCUUUCAAAAUUUGGCGGCGAUGGUGUUACUGUCGUUGAGUCUAAACCAGAAGAUCUUAUGCGACAAGAAUCCUGAAGAGGAGAGAGACCUUGAUUACUUUCGUCAGCAGCUAAUAAGAGGACCUGGAAUGGGAAACGGAGAGGCUGUUCAGCGGAUCGCCGACAAGUUCCUUGAGGUAAUUAAAAAGCAACUAAAAAACACAACGAAGGAAACACCAGAAGAGUUAUUUCACAAAGUGAAAGAGAAGCACCUUGAGGUUCUGGCAGUGCUUCAGCUGCCGUCUGAAUGCGUCGACCCAUGUAAGAAUGUAGAAGCUUUAAGUGGUUUAGCAAACUGGGAGAGUCUGAAGAAAAACGUUGCCGAUGAUUUAGUUUUUCCAAGGGUUUCUACAAAUUUAAAGAAGAGGAAGAUUGAGUGGUGGCCUCUAGUCGUAAGCCUCAUGGGUAAUGACAAUAUUUUUCAAGACUACUUUGCCGGAAAAAUUGGUAUUGAUGGCUUUUUUGAGUCCUUCCAUUCCAAGACAUACUACGUAUCUGCCAGCGGAAGAUAUGAACACCCUUCACCAGAUGUCAUCAAGGGAAUCAUAAAAGCUGCCGUGAAAAAGAACAAGCCAUGCAGAGUCGUGUUCACCUCUGGGGGAGCCGUUCCGUCUUCAUACCUUCCUAAUGUAAAUAAAAAACCGUUCAAGCAGUGGAAUAAGUUUGUUUCUCUUUACUACCUGAAGAAUAACGUUUCAUUUAAGUUGGACCCCAACGAGGAAAUUAAUACUGCACCUGUUGGAACAAGCAGAUUUGAGAACGACGACAAUGUGCGAAUCGAUGUUUCCCAACAACUGGGAAAAAACGAUGGAUUCACCAUCCCACGGAGGUCAUUUCUGCCCAACCUUGACCAGUACUAUGUCAAAACUAAAGGAUCAGAUGGAAAACCUCUUUGGCUUGAAGUAAAGAAUGACGGGAAACUCUGUCUGACUCCCAGGAAAGGUGCCCAGAAUAUCCUCAAUGUCUCCAAUGCUCCAUCCAUAGCUGGCGACUUAAAUCUGAUUACCCUUCAGCGCGAGUCUGAAGCGAGUUAUCAACGAGACAUUUGGCUCGAGAAAGCCUCGGGAGCUGGAUUCUUAAUCAAAGGAUCUCCUGAGGGAAAUUACUUUUUUGAAGAAGACGGCUUCCUUAAGUGUACUAAUAAAAAAAAUAAAGCCAUCCCUUUCGUUUUCGACCACAAGACGUUUUCCGGUCCACUAAUGGAUGAAAGAUGGAUAUCCCUUAAGGAAUUCUUGAAGUCACUCGGAUCCAAAAGGGACCAAAAAACAAUCAAUGUCAGAGGUGCACUCGAGCUUUUGCUCGGUCUUUCAAACGUGGAGCGCCUUAGGAAGGAACUACCCGCUGGAUCUAUCGGAUACGAAGCCCUGGAUAACGAAGUCGAUAUGGAUUUAUCUGUAGUUGAACUUUCAUCUUCCGUCGAUUGCAAAGUCAUUUCAAGCAAAAUCCAGGUCUUAACCAAAUUGCGCCCUAUGAUGUUCGACGCGUCCCCAGUUAACACGCUGGAGGUCGUAGUGAAAGAUCUAUGUUCCAAACCAGACGUGUCUCUUCUGAUCACCACGUCUGUUUGCUUUGCCAACUAUGCCUUAAAUGUUAGCGAGCAUAUGAAACCGAAAGAACCAUCCGUUGAUAUGUAUUUGAAUGCGCUUGGAGGUGUGCCACUGGAAAACCGCGACAAAUUGACCUUAGGGACAAUACUUCAGCGUGUAAUGGGAUACCUUCCCUUGGAGGCUUUAGCAAAAGCCUUCCCUACGCACCUUCUGGGUUUAGAAAUAUUUACCUGGAAGGUAGAUCGUUUGCUUUCGACAGUUAACUAUUUCACCUCUCCAUUAGCUGUCGAAGUACUGAAUGGAGACUUCUACCUCAUUCUUCCUACAGAAAAGAAUAAAAUCACUUUGGGUGGAGCACUGAUUAUAGAGUUAUCCCAGUGUCAUGUCACUGUAAAAAACCCACGCACCGAAAGGAGUGACUUUGUGAUAGAGUGUGAAGCUACUAUAGGAACAACCGCUGUAAAUCUGAGAAUAGUACCUACAUCGACAGUUGUACCAGAGGUGAUUAUUUGCUUUUCUGAAAGCGCCAAUUUCCUUUCAGUAGUAAAAAUGUUAGAUCCUCCAGUAAGCAUUGAAGAAUUAGCGGUCCCCUUACUAAACAAAGUCAUCCAUGAUUUGCAACUUUCCAAGCCAACCAUUCGUGUUGUCCAAGAUAUCCAAAGUUACGACGUGACACGGGUUUCUUCUAUGGCUUUUGAGUUUGCGCUUGACAACUUUGCAUCAAUACUUCCCACCGGUCUUUCUUCACCUCAGGGUAGCCAAGCAACCAUCACGAUUUUCAAUCCACUCAGCAGUCACCCUCAUAUUGGUUAUGAAGUCCAAUUUAAGUUAGCUCUUGCCACAUCUACAGAUGCCAAUGCAUUCUUGGAUUCGAAGUUCUCAUUGUGGCCAGUAGAUGCUUCCAAUCAUCACAAUUUCCAGGCUUAUGCUUGCAGCAUUUCGUUGUGUCCAAACCCUCCAGAGAUAUCGAUGCAAACAGCACUUGAAGCUAUCGGUCUCGGACAGCAGAUGACGUCCAUGAUGUUCUACUUUCCGUUUAUGGUAAAUAUCCUGAAUGCAAUCCUGCUGAAUAAAAUCACCCUCGAUGUAAACUACCAGAAACGUGCAAUCGAAUCUUUUUCUCUGUCUCUCUUUGUUCCGCAAUGUUCAAUUAUUGAGGAAAAAUUUACCAUACAAGAAGCAACCUUUCUGGUGCAGUAUGGAUGUCAUCAAUGGUAUGCAGAGGCAGAGGUGACGUUGCUGGUGUUUAACAAGUUCACAUGCAGAGCUGCAUUUUCCUUGCCAAAACCAGAUGUGCCCGGAACUCUAACGUUCAAAAAUGGGGAUGAUUCGUUUACCCUUCAUCAGUUCCUUGAAGGCAUUGGGUUUUCCGUGUUACACGAUCUUCCUGUCAUCGAUGAAAUCCUAGACGUGAUGAUUUCUAGGGCUGCCAUUUCUUUUGAAAACAAUGGUUCUACAUUUAAACUAACUGAGAUCGAGGUGGUAUUGAGAAAACGAACCCUUUCCAUCGGAAGUAUUAGUCUUUACAACCUUGAGGCAACAGUGCGUUACGCCGAUGUCCAAGGGCGUUCGCCGAUGUGCAUUUCACUGCGAGGAUAUCUGAAUCCGAAAAGUCACGCAACCUUGACUUUUGAUACCGAACGUCGGGAAUUGCUGGGACACUACAUCUUGGUAGACAAUAUGUCCACGGAUGAGUGCUUGGAGCGUCUCUUUCCAAAGCAAAAGGAAGAUUGUUCCGGCAGUAAUGCAUAUAUGCAGGUCAAAUCUUUUCAUGUUCAAGAAGUUAACGUAAUUUUGAGUUUUCCAUCAGAGAAACAGUGGCAUUUACGAAAGGUACGUGUGCGAAUCGACGGUUCCCUUACACUUGGACCCUUUGUCUUGCACCAGCUUUGUCUAGUAUACACGACGGAACUGUCUGGUAACGCUACAAAGCACAUCUCAGUCGUCGGGCAAUUUAAGAGCAACGACCAGACCCUAAGCUUUACCGUGGAGCUCUCCUCUACAAGCCAGGAAGCAAGCAGUACCAUUUUGGAAGCGGUAAUCAAGCCAGGUUCUCCAGGAAGACUGACACUGUCAUCGUUACUCAGAUUUGUGGGACUGAAGAGUCCAGAGGACAAAGUUCCGCAAGUUGAUGGAUCCCCAGAUUUUCUUAACAUUGAAUUAAAGGAAGCGUGUCUUCAGUUUGAAGCAUCCCCAUUUCGUAUUCGUAAGAUGGAUGCUGUAGUCAAGACGACAGCAGCGAUAACAGUACUCGAGAAGCCGCUCAUUCAACUUCACGAGGCAAGACUUGAGUAUCAUCAGGACGAAACAAAAGAUCCUGCACAAGUACAAAUCUUCAUAGCCGGAAUUUUUAGCAUCGGCAAACUCCCCUUAAAUGUUACGUUCAAAAGAGACAAGCAGUUAGGAUUGGUGCUGGAAGGUCUCUUUAAUAAGGCAGACCACUCAACGAAGGUCGAUUUUGAGGAGAUGGCUAAUCAGAUAUCUCCUAGUGUACCUUUCAGUCUCCCUAGGAGUGUUGCAUUAAGCUCUUUCCUUUUCAGAUUAGAAAAAGGUGAAGAAACAACUUCCCUCAAAUUAGAAGGUGAAUCCCAUAGCAACUGGUCCCUCGAUGCUGGAUUUAGUACCUUAACCGUUCACAAUCUCGGUGGCAAGGUACAUUUUAAGAGAGAACGUAGUUCCAAUGCGUGGAGCGGCUCCGUUUCUCUUAAUGGAAAGGUUCUCGUACAAGACACUUUAGAUGUGGCUGUUGAAGUGUACCAUAACAGCAAAGGUGAAACUGUUCUUCAUGGCACUGUGCAAAAUCCACCAGAUAUUGACCUGGACGUCAUAACUAAAUCAUUUGCUACUGGUUCGGAUUCUUCAAAUUCGUGGAAAGGACUUCUUCCUCACGAAACUGAUGCUACUGUACGCUGUCCCAGGUUCAACAGAGCGUUUUUGUCUGUAAAUGUGUCGAAGAGAUUACUUUUGUUUUUCGGAACUGUCGCUGGGUUUGGAACAGGAUUGCUGAUAGUCAAGAAAACAGCCUCUGGCGAGAAUUCUCCUCGGUACGGUUUCCUGUUCGGUCUAAGCCUCGGAAAUGAUUUCAGAUUUUCCUCAAUCAAUGAGAGUCUUAACGUUGUUGAUGAGGUCAUUUUGGUGCAGAACGCAAACUUAUGCGUGAUUUCAAAGGAGUUUGAGCAGCUGACAGUCGCAGAAAUGUUGAAAGAAAUUUCUGAGCUUGAGGACAUUGAGAAGAAACAACUAAUGGCCGACUUACCUUUCACCAACCUAGAAAGCCAAAGCAUCUCAGAUCAAAAAAUGAGAAGUGGAAUGACUGUUUUUGCGAAGAUAGACUUUUCCAAAGGAGAAUCGAAGUUGUUGUCAAACGUCACCAAAAUUCAAGAGAGACAGAAUCACUCAGAAAUUGUUCUUUUUGCCCACAUUGCUGAGAAUGGGAGUGACACAGAGUUUAUGGCUCACAUUCCGCAAAUGGAGAUCUUUGGUGGACACCUACAAUUUCACGGAAUUACCCUGAUGUACCAGCCAUCAAAGGAGAAGACUUUGAGCUUGAAAGGAAUGAUGGGCUUGACAUUAACUGAAGAUUCUCAGCCGAUUACAUUUAGGGGAGGAUUGGAGAUCUCGGAAUCGAAGGCCGAUUUUACUAUGGAAGCUGAAUUUGAUCCAGGAAUCAUACGCGAGCCAUUAGGAAUGUUUGGAAUUUCAAUUGAGGAUCCAGAACUUCAUCUCAGCUGGAGGUUUGAUCAAGAUGAGAAAGAGUCGAUUGUUCCUGUCUGUAGCAUAAGUGGCACGGUCAAAUUCUAUAAAUCCGGUUCAACAAGUGAGGACAAACCUGUUACGGCGCUGACAGGAUCUAUCUUUCUCCAAGAAGGCAGACCUGUAGUAGCGAUGGUGUCGCUCGAUUUCAGCUACCCCUUGAGUAUUGAUGACCUUUUCGCUGCCUUGUUUGAAAGACAAUGGCCUUCGGGAUAUCUGGAUAUAGGCUUUAAAAAGGGAGAAAUUUAUUAUGCAAAAUCUAACGUGGAAAUAAAUGGAAAGACAUUCCAGGAAGGUUUCAAAGGUGAGACUGAGAUAGAGGUCUUUGACUAUGCUUUUGGAGUCGAACUGUCAAUAGACGAAAGAGGUAUGCGCAUUAAAGGAUCUACCAAGUUUGAAAUUGAUCUGGUUAUUGCAACACUUACUGGAAAGAACUUUGGAGACGACGAGGGUCCAGAAAUCGAGAUAUCUCGCUACGAAGGUCAACCAGAGUUCCAAUUACAAACCGGCGUUAAACUCCUUCAAGAAAAACUUGGUUCUUGUGUAUUGGGUUAUCAUGUGAACCAAAAAUGCUUUGUUGGACAAGUAACCUACAAUGGCGAGCUUCUCGGGGUCUCUCAUCCCUCUGUCGAGUUUGAAUGGAGCCAGAAAGGUGGAUUCAAGAUUCGAAAUUGGCCUGUCAUUCUUGAAUUACAGAAACUCAUCGAUUUCGCGAAGGAGUUUGAGAAACUAAGCCAACUCAUCGAUAGCCCGUGUGAGAAGCUUAUUGGACUUGCAUUUGACAAGGUCGUCACUUCGAGGUGUAGGCUUAAUGUGCAGCAGACGUCGGUAAAGGGUUCCAGUAAUCUGAAUGCCUGGUUUGCGUUAAAGUUGCAGGGGCAUCUUGAUAUCAUGAUCGAUACUGACGAGCCUUCUCUUACCAUUGAUUUCCCAGAGAUGGUGGUAACGAUAACGAAGCCUUCCCGAGAAUUCCGGUUGAGCGACUUACCUGGGUUUUUAAUCCAAGAGAUUGCGAAAAACUCCCUGCAGAUUGCUAAACAAAUCUUUUCUCAGCCGAAACAGUUAACCAAGUUUAUGGCAGCCUUUGGUGGUAUUAAGCUCUCACGUAAAGUCCUCUCAGGUCUUAUCUGUCGUGGAGCACACAGCCCCAAUCUGACAGAUCUAGCUGAGAAGACACUCGAAACCAUGGUGGAAGAAGUAUCAAAUGUCGAGAAGGCCUUGGAGACUGCCUCGAGAGGGCUUGCCUCAGUGGCUGAGGGAGGAGCAACUUUGGCAGAGCUCGCUGUCAGCGCUGCAACCGUCAUAGCUCAAGUUUCUGUCGUAGUUGCAGGACUGGGGGCUUUAAUGUCCUUCAUAAAAGGCAUCAUCAGCUUUUUCACUGGGAAGUCCAAAGAGCUAAAAAAGGCAGAGAAAAGAAAAGAAGAAGCGGAAAGAAAAGAAGCAGAAGCUAGGAAAAUUGUUCAUGAUCGGCUAACUGUUUCAGGCCUGACAAUUUCCCUUCCAGAACUAGAUGAAGUUGCCGUUUACUGGAAACCUCUAGAACCAAAUGUAAAGUACAAUGUGAGACUUUCGCGAUUUGAUAUCGGAGAAAUGGAGACAAUUCUUUUAGACAAGACCACCGAAGACAACAAAGUCAACUGCAAAGGUACCACAGUUAAGUACAACAGCAAAAUUUUCAAAGUGUCUGUUCAGGCUGUCUACCUUCACAAUGAUAUAAUGUUUGAAGGAAAAGAGCAAUUGGUAUCAGAAGAAGUAAAACCUUUCCUUCCUCAGCCGUCACAACUUGAGGCUCAAUCAAGGCGUGAUGGAAGGGAGGUGCACGUCAGAUUCUCUCAAGUCAAGCACGCAGUUGAUUACAAAGCUGAAGUCAUAACCUGUGACGGUACCAUAGUCGGAAGUGCCAUCGUAGAUGGGCAUUCCGGAAAAGAAGAGAUAACUCACGCUUUUUACGCAGAAAAACUUACUUCUGGAGCUCCCGGUGAGACUCGCGUUCGUGUUUGUGCUCAGGCACAGGACGCAGUGCCAGGAGAAUUCAGAUAUUCACCGAAACUUUACCUCGUAGCGGCACCCAAUGAUCUUCAUGUCACGUACGAAUCAAAGCCACAGCAACUGAAAAUUGAAUGGAAAGUGAGCAACACCCAAAACAUCGCACGAUUCCUCUGUGAGAUAAAUUCAGCGGAGGCAAACAACGUGAUUUAUUCAAGAGAGGUGGCAAGGCCAACGGGAGACAACCUCAAAUCAAUUGUUAAAGUACAGGUCAGUGAAAUAGCUGAUCGUGCAAGAUCUCCUUAUGAUAUUCGUUUAUGCUCCUUAGGGGAAAAAUCAACGCUUGCAAGUGUCUUUGUCAGUUAUAAAGAGAAACUGUCCUUCCUUCCUGAUGUUCAAGGUGUAUUUCCGUCAUACGACCCUCAGAGAAAUGAACUUACCGUUACCUGGAGACCUGUUACAGGAGCAACAAUGUAUGAAAUUAGCAUAAGGGAGAAGGAAAGCAAUUCGAGCGUUGCGAAAAAGCUAAUUUGCGAAGAGAAGAAAGACGAGGUGGUGUUUGAAAUGGAUGAAAUAAAGAUGAAAACUGGUUUGAUGUACGUUGUGUCGGUGAUUGCCCAAGGAAUGGACAUCCUUCAUCUUCCAAGUGUACCAUCUACCUCAAGCGCAGAGUUUUCCCAACUGCCAAAACCUGCCUCUGUCAGUCAGGAAUACUCAUUCAAAGAUAGAUUGCUCAAGGUCGCUUUCAAAUCGGUUCCUGGUGCAGGAUCUCAUGUGAUUGAAGUUUUCAGUAAGACUACGCCUUCCAAAAUAGCAGGCAAACAUGUCGUUCAGAAGCCACAUAGUACUUGGUACCCAACAGUUACCUAUUCUUUUGAAGUCGAUAAAAUGUGCUUUAGCGAUGGUGGUCCUUUUGCGACAAGGGUCGUUGCAAUAGGUAAUGCGAAGUUGAUGAACAGUCCACCCUCUUUGAGCCCGACCCAGUUAAAGAGCGGGGAUGCCCCGGAAAGCGUUUCCUUGAAGUAUAACAUCCAGUCCAGACAGUUGGAGUCGGUCAUCUCUUCUAAACCUGGACACUUCACUUUGGCGUUAGAGGAUACUGCUCACAGAAGUAACAAAUUGAACAAGCAAGACUUUGUCGUCAAACAAGAUGUUGGAGAUCGGUUGCUUCAUCAAACGCUCUUUAAGUUUCCUAUCUACCCAGCGGACGAACCGCAAGGUGCAGUAUAUCAAGUUCUCGUUGUGAACAUUGGGGAUCAAAAUAAUUUGCCUAGUGAGGUAAAAAAGUCAAACGAAGUGUGUUUGUUAAAUCCACCUGCUUCUGUAGCACAGGAAUAUAAAAACAGAGUCUUCACUGUUGCCUGGAAAUCCGUUCAAUCUGCAGCUGGGUAUAGCAUCAAAGUCUUUAACUCAAAGACUGAAUGCAUAGCUUCUGAAGAGAGAGUGACCCACGAUUUGUGUCAAGUUGGAAACCAGAUGAAGAAGGAAUUUGACGUAUUAUCGAUGUUGUUAGAAUCCAAUGGGCUCUACAAAUCACUGGUAUUGGUGCUAGGAGAUGAGGUCAACAUUGGAGGAGCGAGCACAAAGUCUGAAUCAACUAUUCCGUCUUGCUCCUCACCUAUAGACGUCAAUAUUACCUUUAACGACGAUACACGUCGCAUGAUCGUAAGCUGUAUAUGUUCCAACGACGGAACUGUAAGACUUGGAGUUAUUGACGCUACCAAAGUGAAAACGAAAGAAGGGGAUAUCCAAGAGGCACUGCUGGGAUGGAAAGAGUUAAAGUGUCACGGAGGAGGAAAGGAGGUCAUCGAAUUCGAUGAAAGUGUCUUAACUACUUCCAUUGAUGGUCGCCACAAAGGGGUUGCUCAGAUGAUCGAAACACAAGCGCAGUUAUGUCUUCCAAGUGCCUUUUCCUUCUCUCAGGAAGAAGUGGCCUGGUUGAGGCCAGCUUUACCAAUCCACAUGACAUUCGAUCCAGGAAGUUCAACUCUGAAGAUAACUUGGACUCCUGUCAAUCUAGCUCUUCGAUAUUUUAUAGAAGUAAUACAAACAAGGGAGGAGAAGAGUGCAACUACCACUCUUAUUCCAUUUUCAGACGAGGUGCCGAAAGAUGCUAUCUCUUGCAGCAUCAACACAGAAAAUUUCCCCGUAAAGGGGAUUGACAAGUUUGUGGCCAAAGUCCAGCCAAAAGGAAAUCAGGGCCUAGUUAUUUCACUUCACUCUAUCGGUUACUCUUCGGAGACUCUGGUUUGCGAAGAAUCUCCAACCAAUGUUGACGUUUCACAAGUUGACAACAAAUGUGUUAAAGUGUGCUGGGAAGGAUAUUCGUCCAAAAAUUUCGAAGUGAGCGUUUGGAAAAUGUCAGACUCAGGCCGUCAAAAAAAAGGAGCACGUAAGACAACCAGCCACCAGUUGACAUCAACAGCUGAAGCUCUAGGCAUGUCUUCCCCGGGCUGGUACAGAUUUGGAGUUCGAUCAGAGGGGUCGACCCACAAAUUACACAGUGUUUAUACAGAGGCUGAUUUCUUGGCUAUCAUCAUGGACGCUCCAAUUGCUAUUGCCAUGCGGAAAAGUUCUGCAGUAACACUACAGUGGGUUCCUGUUGACAACAUUCGAACUCAAGAUUAUUCAAAGUACGUCAUCUCCUACCGCGAACACGACGAAGAUUCAGACUGGAGACAGGCAGAUGCAGAAUUAUCGGCGACAGAGAAAAUACUCGAAGAUUUGACACCCGACAGGGACUAUUUAUUCUGUAUCUCUGUAGCGAGUGCCACACGAGGAAUUGGCAUUAGAAGCCCAGCCACCUCUGUUCACACUGAUGCCGCCGUCGGACUGCAAGGUAAUUUGUUGGAAAAUCCAAACUUUGCACCUGCGACAGGAUGGAACGAGAGGGGCUUUGCAUAUGACAUUAUCACAUGCCCUUGGUAUUUGAUACAGCCUUCACUGAACCAAUACAGACUAGAGAGUGCACCUUGUGAUACUGAUGACUGGCCAGAAGAGAACAGAAAAAAUUGCUGGUGUAUUGCAGCAGCUAGCGGAUCCAGCAGUUGGAGAACUCAAACAAUCAAUCUACUCGAUCAAGGCUUUAUUCCUGAGUAUCUGGACGAAAUGAAGCCAGCAAUUAAAGUCUACGAGUGGUUUGCCAUCAAGGAAGGUUGCAGUGGUGGAUAUUUUAUCAAAGUGUCGCUUCUUGACGAUAAAAAGAGGGAACUUCCGGGAGAAACACCAUUUUUAGCUCAUAGGCAAGUUGCACUAAGUGAUGGUACUUGGGAACGCUUGGGACACGUUUUUGAUAAUUAUCCCUCUGGAUUAAGGUUCAUACGAUUUGAGGAUGUUCUUGAUUGCCUGGGGAAUCACGGCCAGGGUUAUGCUCUGAAAGUUUAUGGAGCCACCGUGAAGUUCUCUUCAGGGGAAUGAAAACAGCGGUGACGCAUUAGUUAUAAUAUACGGUCUACAGUAGUUUUUUAGUAGUAAG